AUGAGACCAGUCAGCCUCGCCUUCGGUCUGCUAUUUAAAGUUUGUUGGAUUUUCGCGGUUUGGUCCCCCCGAGGCUGUGGCUCAACUUUGAGGUUAGCUGACACCUCCGAGUGUCUGCUUGCCCAAUUGCUGGAGUGCCUCAACGACGACUACCGGUUGUCGUUAGGUGCCACCUUUCCAUGGAACUGUUCGACUCUCCUCGACCGACUGGGUACAAACCGGCUGACCGACCUCUGGUACGAGCAGAUGUGUCGCAAUGCGACGAGCGCGACCGGCUCUGCCGCACUGCCAGAUCUGAAACAAAGCGUCCAAGUAUACGAAAACUGCAACAUCACAGUUUCCACCUCAGAGGUACCUUCUGUACAAGUACAUGUGGACAAAUGCCCAAAAAUGGCCUACUGCAUGCUUGAAGGUUCGUGGGCAGUGCGUAAUAACAUUACAUUUGAACUUAGCGACGUCUGUUUCGUGGGUCGCCUUCGUUUGGUAGUUGUGUUCGAAAACUUUUCGGCAGUUUCAAUUGUUCAUGAACAGCCGUUGGUGCUACCGAAGUUCCGCAUGGGUCCCGUCAUGCAAAGCAUGCCGUACAUAAACAAUACCAGCAAAAUGGCCAUCGCCAAUUUCGCCUGGAAGCACCCGUUUGGAUACGAAAACAAAGGCGUUUCUGACUAUUCAUAUACUGUGACAGCCCUCAGUUGCAACUAUUCCAGGAUCGACACGUUAGAAAAGACACUGGUGUGCAAGAGCAUGAACGAAACCGGCGGCAGUUUGAGUAUCGCCUUCCCGCCGCACCUGGUAGAGGAGGAAUGCAAGUUCCGAAUCAAGAUUUGGGGCUUCAACAUAUGCGGUGAGAAAACGAUGAAAAGCGCCAUUAGCUACCUAAAACUCUCAUGCACCGAGAUCAACGGCUAUCACUGUCAUCACAGCAGUUUAAAACCAAAGUGCGUGACUCGUGUGGAAGUGGAGGCGGUGAGUGACAAAACAAGGGCAAAUUUGAUUUCGGCGACACUCACGUGGCAAAAACUGGAAGAGCUACCGCUGUACUUUCAUAUGUAUUGGGGAAGAGCAGAGGUGGUGAAGAGAUCGCAUCGAGAAAUGCAUCUACACGAAAAUUAUGACGGCUUUCUGCCAAUUCGCUCCAUCCCUUGGCACGGCUCAACUUCUCUCGAUGCUGCCGAGUGGACCAUACGCUAUGCUAUCGACCAAAGGACAGCGAACCAUUUAAAGAUUGCCUCGAACGCAUCCAUGAUAACACUGGACGAUUUAGAAUUGGGAGACAUCUACGGAGUCCAGGAUGUACCUGAGCAGCUGUGCUCCAUCACUUCGCAAGACACAUCCGACGUGCGCAUUUCAGAAAAUCUGCUCGAACUUGACAGCUCUGAUGUAAGCAUAAUCUAUUUCGAAGAAGGAGGCAUCAUCGUCAACGUCUCCUGGCAAUAUCCCGUAACGUUGGAUAGCAACGACGUGAAGAACUUCACUCUGAAACUUGUGGGCCCAUAUAACAUAGAACCCACUCACUGUGCCACUUACAUGCGUUUCAUUAGCGUCAUCUCCAACUAUCGUUCUCCAAUCGCGACGGUGCUACUGCCGCAGCCAUUCCUUGAUGAGCAUUAUCACUACAAAAAUCCAGAAUGGCAGGAGCUUCCAAAGCAUUGUGUUUAUUCAGCUGCCAAAAAUGCCCAAACGACCGUUAAUCAAGCAAACUACAUGUACGGUAUAGUUUAA